AUGGGAGACUUAUCGGACAAGUAUACGGAAAAACUGCCUAAGUCGGCUACGCCGCCUGCAUCUGACGAGGCUGCGUCUCCACGGAGUCGUGUUGAUCCAUUCAGAGAUGCAAAUGUCCACACCUAUAGCCACAGACCAAACGUGAUUCCCGUUUACGUGCUAGACACAGUAUCCAAAGCCGAAACGGUUUACUUGAGAAACAACGGUAACCUACAGGACCAGGACAUACCAAAGGAGAUUGCAAAACAGGAAAAGACAGAAAAGUUCCCUGAUCCGUACGGAACCGAUAUCAAUGGCAGCUGGUUCCAGUUCAAGAAUUCCAUUUUCCACCCAACAACGUACCCGCCUGAGAGAGUAGAGAUUGAUGAGAAAUAUCUCGAUGACUACAGCUUAAAUGGGUCUUGGGGCGGCGAUGCCAGAUUGAAGGAGGAGUUUAACCAGACGCAGUACCAGCAACUCAAUAAAGCAAACAAACAUCGUACCUUCUACAGUCUAUUCACAAGAACAAAAGACCGCGGCGAAAACGAUACAAAGGUGCGCUCAACGGCAGGCUACUGGAUGGGUGAAAAUAGGUCGCAAUUGAAGCCAGCAUUUAGAAAGUUUUUCAUGCAAAAUCCAUUGCUCCCUUUGACGUUGAGGAUAUUGACAUUGAUAUUUUGUGCCAUUGCGUUGGCGUUGGCGUGUAGCAUUUUUGUAUUUUCCACCCACAAGUACGAAGGAGCUGAACUUGGCCAAAAGGCCAGCACCAUAAUGGCCAUCGUUGUGCAAACAUGCGCCUUGGUCUACGUGGUGUACAUUGCAUACGACGAAUACUCGGGAAAGCCAUUGGGAUUACGUGAUCCAAUAGGCAAGUUUCGCUUGGUGAUGUUGGAUUUACUAUUUAUUAUAUUUUCGUCGGCCAACCUAUCGCUAGCAUUUGACACUUUCUUUCUCAUGUCAACCUUACCAGCAUUUACUGACCUCAAUGCAACCUGGGCUUUUAUCCAACCAGGGUUGGAGUUUAUUCUUGGAGCUCAGAAUGAUCAGGGGGUGACGUCGACGAUGUACAUGAAUUGCUACACGGCAGUCUACAAUUACUGUGUCAACAAGUCAAGGCGGGGCCUGACGGCAGCAUCAGUUGCCAACAACACCGAAAACAACUCCUAUUCAUUAGCAGGGGCAGAGAUUUACAACAAAUUGGAAAUGUACUUGGUGCAAUUCAUCCGCAACUUGAAAAAGAACCCCAAUGAAUCGUUUUUAGAAUUCUACGUGCGCCGGUGGACGAGAUUCACCAUUGGUGCCGUAUACAUGAAUAACGUGUUUGAUUACAUGAACAGGUAUUGGGUGCAAAAGGAGAGGUCUGAUGGCCGAAAGGAUGUGUUUGACGUCAACACCUUGUCGUUGAUCAAGUGGAGAAACGAAAUGUUUCAACCAAACUCGGAAGUAUUGAUUGAGCAGGUUUUGGACUUGAUUGAGAAACAGAGAAACCAUUUGAUUGUUGAUACAAAUCUAAUCUCAAGUGCCAUCAAGUCGUUGGUAUUUUUGAGCAUCGACAUCCAGGAUUUGAAAAAGCCAAACUUGAUCAUCUACGUCAAUUCUUUUGAAAGGCCGUUCUUGGAUGCCACAAUGAACUACUACACAAAGGAGAGCUGCGAAUACUUGGCUAAUCACAAUGUGGUUGAUUAUAUGAAGAAAUGCGAGACUCGAUUGGCCGAGGAGAUCUCGAGAUCAAACACUUUUUUGGAAGACCACUCGAAAAAGGCAUUCGUCAACAUUCUCAACCAAGCGAUGAUUGAAAACCAUGCCUCAGAAAUGUAUGACCAGUUUAUCGUAUUACUUGAACAGAACCAGAUCGACCAUAUCCAACGAAUGUACAAGCUCUUGUCGAGAGUGCCAAAGACCUUGGACCCUUUGGCGUCAGCUUUGGAAGAGUAUAUCAAAAAAGAGGCAAAUGUGUCGUUAGAAAAGAUCAAGAACCAGACCGAGGCCGACGUGAAAGAAGGCAGGAAAAAGCCGGGUGCAGCAGUGGAGCCAAAAGUUUACAUCAACACCUUGAUUGCAAUAUAUAACCAGUUUAACGACAUUGUGAUUCAAGCAUUCAACAAGGAUACUAAAUUCAUCCGAUCAUUAGAUAACGCUUGUCGCCAUUUUGUCAAUAACAAUGUCAUUGCCCUUCCAAAGCCCAGAGCAGCAUGCAAGACGCCUGAGUAUUUGGCCAAAUAUGCCGACGGUUUUCUUAAAAGCAACGCGAAGGAUGCCGAUAUCGUUGACAUGAAUGCCGACAAUUUAAUGAUUGUGUUUAAGUUUAUCAACGACAAAGAUACAUUUGAAGAGCACUAUCGACGCUCCUUGGCAAAGAGGUUAAUCAACGGUACGUGCAAGUCAGACGAAUUGGAGGAGAGCGUUAUCCACAGGUUGCAAGAGGAGAACUCGAUUGAAUACACUUCGAAAAUGACAAAGAUGUUUUCCGAUAUGAAGGCAUCGGAAGAUCUAAAAACCAAGGUGAAGGAGACACUUGAUCAGUCGAUUGUCAAAGAGUUUAACCCAUUGAUCCUUGCCCAGAGCAUGUGGCCCUUCCGGCAUGUUGCUGAUUACGAUUUGAAAGUUGCUCCAGAACUCGAAGCGCCACUCGCCCAUUUGAGACAAGUCUACUCAAACCAGCACCAAGGAAGGAAGUUGCAGUGGUUGUUCAAUCACGGUAGGGCAGAAGUAAAGGCCAACCUUUCGAGAAAGGGCAAACCGCCAUUCCAGUUUCAAGUUAGUAACGUGCAGUUGAUGAUCUUGAUGGCUUUUAACAAAAAGCCCACCUAUUCAUACCGAGAGUUGUGCGAAAUCGUUGGCUGCAACAAAACCGUGUUUGACAAUCACCUCAGUCCUCUCAUCAAGUUUAAGUUGGUUGAAGCUUCGAGCGAUAAUUUGGCCGAUGCAGAAUUAAAGAUGGUGGAGUACUACAACUCGAAAAAGGUCAAGGUAAAUUUCAUCAGUGGUAUUAAAUCUGUUGAUGUCAAACAAGAGGAGGAAGAUGCCACAAGGGAGAUUGUUGCUGCUAGACAAACAUACAUACAAGCCACCAUUGUGAGAAUCAUGAAGAGCAGAAAGGAUUUGGGAAACGCCGACUUGUUGAAUCAAGUGAUGGAAGCGGCUCUGACUAGAUUCACUACAAGAGUGCUCGACAUAAAGAAGCUGAUUGACACCCCCCAAGGGUCCACCGAUGAUACGGUCUUGAAUGACAACAACAUGAAAACAUACUACUUUAUUCAACCGAAAAAGAAGCGACUUGAUUCCGACUCUCAAACACCAUUUGUAUCUCUUCUUAACGGAAAUGAGCCCGUUUCAAAUGUGAGGUUCAGAUUUGAAUUGUAUCAAAAGAUAUGGGCGAGCCAAUUGCAAAAAAUUCAUUCUAUAUUGAAUAGUGCCAAUGAUGAGCUAUUCAGCGACUUGGUCAAGUUCAUCAAUGAACCACUAGAUUUCACAAAAUUAUCAGUGGGAUAUAUCCAGUUGACUUCCAAUAAUGCAAACAACUUACGUAUAUUGAGUGAAUUUUACGACUUUUCCAAUGAGAUGUAUAACUUGAUCAAGUUGAAUUCUAAAAAUUGCCAACAUAUAAAGGGGACAUUAAAGGAGAUCAUUCGACAAUUUGGGGAGUAUACUACGUUGGAUGGAGGCGACUACUUGAGUUAUGAUUUGCAGGUGUUGCGUGAUUGGUAUGCAAAGGGCAAUGACACGAGGACCGUCAUUGUCAUUGAAGACACCAAUUUGUUUAGUAAUCAAUUGUUGAACCAGCUAAUCAAACUUUUACAAGCUACCCACUUGCCGAUAAAGGUGUUGCUUGCGCUAUCCUGCGAUACAGUUUCAACGUGGGUCAACAGUAACUUGAGGAAUGACUUACGGUUGGAUUUGGAAGGGUACAGAUUCAAGAGUAACGACAACAAGAGCUUGGGUUACAUUAUUUUGAAUAAUUUAUUUUUAACCCCGGAGCUAACCGAUGAUAAUCCUUUACUAAUAAACAACACACUCAGUACCAUCAUUCUUAAUCGCUUUGAAAAUUCAAACAAUUCGAUUGACGCAUUGAUUUCGGAAAUUAAAGUGUGCUACAUGAUCUUCUUUUAUCUGCUGCCAUUGUCAAUUCUCAUAGCCAAGUUUGAUUCUUUGCCUUUGUACAUUGACGGCUUGAGAAAGUUGCCGUCAUUUAAACGGCACAUGGAAAUCAAACUUCUGCAGAAUGAUCCUAUUGUUAAGCAGAUGUUGCAGGAUGACAGCCAAGUGGCCAUGUUGUUCCAAGAGUGCAAGAAGCAGUAUCAGAAACACAAGUUAACCAUUAUGAACGCCAUAAAUGUCGUCUAUCACUUGCACCCAGAUAAACCAAAGGAAAAAUUUCAAUUGUACAAGCUUCUCGUGAAUAACAAACUAUUCAAUUCGAAAUACUUUCACGAUUGUCUCGACUUGUCAAAGUAUUCUGCCGAAGUUGUCAGUCGCAUUGUGCUGCACUUGACGGAUAACUGUAAUGAGUCGAUUGGAAAUAUUGACGACGCUUAUCUAAUCGAACUAAGAAAAGGGUUGACCAAGGACAGGUCAAAUAUCGCUCCCGUGUUGGAAGCCUACUUUGAGAACCCCAUAUUGACUACACCACUUGAAUACAUGGUAUUCAACGAGAUCUUCUCACUCAAUGGGGGAAUCGUUCAUGCUAAAUUUGACAAACAGCCAUUAUUUGAAGAAAACUUUGAAAACCUAAUGAUUAACCUCCUCCGUCCCAACUUGCGACAGACGAUUGAAGUAAGCCUAGACAACUACGAAUUAUACUUGGAAAACCCUUUGGUCAGCCAGGAGCACUUGCCACUGGAGAGGCAGCCACUACUUUGCGCCAUGUUUAAAGUUUACAAAGAGGCACCGGCCUCGAUCAACUUGUAUGACUUUUAUCAAGCCUUCACAGCGUCACUCAACAAGCCAGAUGACGUUGAUGAUGACGAGUGGAAGAAAAUAACCUAUUCGUGGUUUAUUCAAAACUGCUUUGAGUUCAUGCACAUGGGUAUCUUACAAUUGAAAAAGACAAGUGAAUAUAUAGAAAAGGCAAUUUGGAAAGGUGUAUAA